AUGACAGCCAGAACAGCAGACCUGUUGAAUGUAUUUGAGAGAAAGAUGCUGCGAAGAUAUAUGGACCGGUGUGUGAGGCAGGACAGUGGCAUAUCCGUACUAAGCAGAGUUAGCAACACUCUACAGAGAACCCCCACUAUCGGCCCACAUAAGAUUGAUGCGGCUCCGAUGGGCAGGACAUUUGCAACGGAUGCCAGAUAUACGUGUGCCAAGGAAGGAAAGAGCAAAGAUGUGUACAGAUGGUGGAUUUACUACUUCAACAGAAACAACAGCCUCAAGUUGGAAUUGGAAGCCUGCUAUCAGAAAGUUGCUAAAUCUCAAAAGUUGGAACAAGAAGUGGGCAAGGUGACACGCGCACACGAGGAGCUGGUGGCAUCGUGCGAACGUCGCGAGCGCCUGGAACGUGCCGCGCGCGCGCGCCUACAGGGCGAACUGAUGCGCCUGCAAGAGCUCAACCAGAACUUGCUCGAGCAGACUCAGCUGAUGUCUCGCGCACCCUCGCGAGCGCCCUCGCCCGACCACUCGCGCAACGAGAUCACCAAACGCGAGGCGCUUAUCGCUCAGCUCGUCACGCAGAAUAAGGAGUUGAUGGCAGCUAAGGAGCGACAGGAGAUAGAGUUGGCGGCGCAACGGCCACGCUGCAGGAGCAGAGAACGCACAUCGACAUCCUCGACACGGCACUCACCAACGCACAGGGCAACGUCGUCAGGCUCGAAGAAGAGUGCCGCAAGAAGCAGAUCCACGUGGAGCGAGUGGCGCAGUUGCAGCGUGCGCUGUCCUCUCUGCAGUUGGCCAGCGACCGACGCGAGCAGACCGAGCGCAAGUUGCGGCUGCAGCUCGAGCGCGAACUGCGCAGCGAACGCGCCAGAAACAACGCUAACGCAAACGACGCCACCUCCAGCCAAGGUGGCGAGCCGGGUGAAAGCCUUCCCGAGCUGAAGCGGCAGCUGCGAGAGAAGGACGAGAAGAUAAUGCGGCUGGAGGGAGAGGUGGCCAAGUGGGAGCAGCGCUACCUGGAGGAGAGCGAACUCAGGCAGGCGGCCAUUGAUGCUGCCAGCAUACCAAAAGAUGCUAAAAUUGCUGCAUUAGAAAAAACUAGCCAAGAAACUGAGAAGCUCAUCGCUGAAGCAAGAUCUGACAAAAUAAAGCAGAUGGAUGAAGUGAAUGCGGCUAAUAAAAAGUGACCGAACUUGAAACAAG